UUGAUUUUCUAUUGGUUUUGGGAAAAAGGAGAAUUUUUAUUUUCCCUCUUCCCUUCAGAUCCCCGGUUGAGUCUCAACUGUUUCCCCGUGUGGAACUCGCGUGUAAUCGCACGUAGGAGACAAAUGAAACAACACUAGUACAUAUUCAGUGAGCGAGAGAGUUUUUCAGAUUGAUUUACCAUAUAACUUUCAUUUUUCCAAACAAUUAUUGUGACAAUAGAUUGGUUUUUUGGAAGAUCGUCGAUUUGGAAACUGGGUUUUACUGUUACGGAUCUUGGGAGGGUUAAUUGACCGGGAUUCUUUAGUUUGUUAAGUGGAAUCUUGAUUAAUUAACUAGUGGAAUUUGAGCAGCAAAGAGAGUUCUUCUAUACUGAGGAUGAACAAUGUUGUAACAUAAUAUGGCACUAUUGUUGACUGUCACAUACAUAGAAGAUGUCGCUUUACAUCGGCCGCGAGGCUUCAAAGACGUGGAAGAGAUUUUGUGCGGAAGUCACGACGGAAAUCAACCUUCUUGCAGAAAAUUGGAAGUAUAUUCUAGGUGGUCUCAUUUGUCAGUACAUACAUGGACUUGCUGCUCGAGGAAUUCAUUAUUUUCAUAGGCCAGGACCGAUACUUCAGGAUCUUGGCUUCUUUCUUCUUCCGGAACUUGGGCAAGACAGAGCUUACAUCAGUGAAACCGUAUUUACCUCCGUCUUUCUAUCAUUUGUCUUGUGGACAUUUCAUCCCUUCAUCUUCAAGAGCAAAAAAAUUUACACAGUCCUAAUAUGGUGCAGGGUCCUGGCUUGUUUAGUUGCUUGUCAAUUUCUUCGGGUCAUAACUUUCUAUUCAACUCAACUUCCUGGUCCUAACUAUCAUUGUCGCGAGGGCUCAAACCUUGCCAGGCUGCCUCUUCCUGACAAUGCUGUAGAAUUCUUCUUAAUUAAAUUUCAUGGUGUGCUUUAUGGAUGUGGCGAUUUAAUAUUUUCAUCUCACAUGAUUUUCUCUCUAGUCUUUGUGCGGACAUAUCACAAAUAUGGAACACGGAGGUUCAUUAAGCAGUGUGCUUGGUUAACUGUUGUGAUUCAGAGCUUGUUGAUUGUCGCAUCCCGUAAACACUACACAGUUGAUGUUGUUGUGGCAUGGUAUACUGUUAACUUAGUCGUGUUCUUCAUCGAGAAAACAUUGCCAGAAUUGCCUGAUCGCUCUAAUGGAGGUACAUUGCUCCCAUACACCAAGGAUGGCUGGACAAAGGAAGAGAAUAACAAACUUUUGAAUGGGAAUUCUGGAGAUUCGACUGACAGGAGGCCUAAGACUCAGAGCAAUGGCAAGAUCAUCGAAAAUGGAAAUUCCCUGCAUAUUGAAGCAGCGAUCAAUGGCGUAUAGAUUAUGGUUAUGGAAGAGACUGUGUUGCAAUGGAGAUGGCUCUCUCGGUUUACUACCUGAUCUUCAGCGACUCACAUCUGCUGCUUUUCGAACCGGUAAACUGAGUUUGGGUUAUGCUUUUCAGUGUUUUGAUAGUCCUGAUUCUCUGGUGGAUUCCAAAGUGCGCAAUGUCGCCAUUAAAAUUAAUAUCUUGUCAUGGAAUUCCAGUUAUUUUAAUUGCUUCAAUCAUUUUUUAUCUUGAGCC